AUGAAGCGUGCUGGAGAGGUUAUAUUUCAUUGCCUCUUAGUAUUUUUAGUAAAUAAUGUUGUGUGCAGUGACAAUGAAUUAUACGAUUACUUAAAUCGAACAGAUCCAUCGACCCGGCAGCUUUAUGACUUUAAAAUAGAACACCCAAGACCAAUAGGUAUACUUACAACGAGUUCGGGAAAGCUAGUCGAGAUUAGAGAAUCUGUAACAUUAAACUCAGAUGCGUUUUCAAACCAGUAUCACAUCGAUUCAAUUACUCACGCUAAUAAUGAGCGAAUUCCUGAAAGGAUCGUCCACGCUAAGGGUGGUGGCGCAUUUGGGUAUUUUGAGGUGACCCAUGAUGUUUCUAAGUAUAUAAAAGCUGAUCUUUUUAACGGCAUUGGCAAGAUAACUCCUGCGGUUGUAAGGUUUUCUUCAGUAGCACAAAAUUUGGGCGGAAAUGACCUGGCCAGAGAAAUGAAAGGUUUAGCCGUUAAAUUUUACAGUCAAGAAGGAAAUUUAGAUCUUUUGUGCAUCAAUUUCCCGGUGUACUUUUACAGAGACCCAGUCGACUUUGUAAGUUUUGCACACGCUUUCAAGAGAAAUCCUAAAACUAAUCUGUAUGAUUUCACUAUGCGAUGGGACUUUAUAACAAAGAGACCCGAUACACUACAUGGUAUUUUGUGGCUGUUGUCUGACUAUGGUAUUCCGAAUGGAUACAGAAAAAUGGAUGCAUUCCCUAUUCACACAUAUGAGAUUUACAAUAAAAACGGUGAAAGAUUUUUUAUCCGAUUCAACUUCAGAACUGAACAAGGCAUACAAAAUUUACCUACAUAUGUUGCGCAAGCUAUCGCGGCCAAUGAUCUAGAUUAUUUUAACAGAGAUUUAUACAAUGCCAUCGCAAAUGAAAAUUAUCCAGCUUGGAAACUGGAAAUGGAUGUUAUGACAUUUAAUGAUAUUAAAAACGUUGAUUACAAUCCAUUUGAAGUCACCAGAAUGUGGAAAAAAGGCACUUAUCAUACGGUACAAAUAGGGCGUCUUGUUCUGGAUAGGAACCCCGAUAAUUACUUUAGGGUUGUGGAACAGAGCGCAUUUAAUCCAGGCAAUUUAGUACCGGGCAUUCCUGGACCUCUUGAUAACAUGUAUAAAACUAGAAGAUCAUCUUACCGUGAUACACAUGUAUAUCGUUUGGGUGUAAACCACAACAGAAUUGACGUUAAUAUGCCGCUUUACUGGAAGGUUUAUAAUCGUGAUGGUUUGCCCCCUGUAAAGAAUAAUAUGAAGGAUGCGCCAAACUAUUACCCGAAUUCAUUCAGCGGACCAAUACCAUACAUAGAUCCGAGUAGACCUAAAGAAAGACUAACAGUCUAUGAAACUAAUGCCGUUGAUUUGGAACCAGCAUCAUAUUUCUAUAACGAUUACUUGACAGAAGAUCAAAGAAUAAGACUUGUCAAUAAUACCGCGCCGUUACUCGUGCCAGUGGCACCGUUUAUGCGUAGAAGAGUACUACGUUUAUUUACCCUAGUGGAUGAAGAAUUAGGCACGCAAGUUUCUAAGCAGUUACAACGAUUGCUUCAAGUUCCACCGCCUCCACCACCCGAAGUGCUGACAGUACCUAGACAACAUUACGAUGAAAAUGAUUACAGUCAGUACCUAGAUUCAACAAUUAAAAUAUAUAGUUAA